GAGCCCACAACCCAUGGCUUCGCGGCAGGCCGAUCAGGUUGGCCAAUCUUCGAUGGGAAGGUGAAAAAGACCCAAACGGGGCCAGAGGUAGAGUGAUAUACAACCCCUACCCGCGCCUCAGUUUGUUUCUCUUCUUCUCCUUCUAUCUCGCACGCAUCAUAUUCCUUCAAGUCACUCCUUUGUGCGGGCAAAUCUGCCUGCGUCCGUUCGUUCAAUUAUGCGUUCUUUUCCUCUUUUCUUCACCGCUGCUGCGGCUGGUCUCGCAAGUGCUUCCACCUGGGAGUCCGAUGUCACCGUCACGGCCACCUCUACGCGAACUCACACAAUCUGCCCGGUAACGCAGGUCCUCACAUGCGACGCUUCGGGUCCCACGGAUGUGGGAGCGGGUAAUGGCUGGCACCCUGGCCAUGGAGACAACGGUGCCGAGGAUGCCUGGGCCUCACUCUGGGAUGCGCAGAAGUCGAAAUAUGGUAUCGGAAGCGACUGGAACACCGCGACCGCUACCGGUGGCCGUCCUGACAAUGGAUGGGGAAAUGGUGGUCAUGGUGGCCAUGGUUCCACGCCAUCCACCACAGAGGGCUCAGGUCCUUCGUCCACUGGAAGCGGUGGUUCUGGUUCAGGACCAAGCAGUUCUGGCUCCGGAGGCUCUGGAUCGGGCCCGAGCAGCAGCUACAGCUACAGCUAUACCUCGCCGACUACCAGCGGUGGUUAUGUCCCGACCUCGUCUUCCACCCCUACCACUACGGCAAGCUCUGGCGCCUGUCCGACUUAUACCCCAGUUAAAAACGCUACGGAUGACUACUGCAACUCGGCCUCUGAUCGCUCUGUCUGGUGCGACAACAAGGAUAUUAACAGCGAUUACUACAGUGACUACCAGACCGGCGUCACUCGUAAAUACACGUUGACAAUCACCAACACCACAUUGGUGUUUGACGGCACGGGUCCUAAGCUCGCUCUUGCGAUUAACGGCCAAGUACCUGGCCCCGUGAUUGAGGCCAACUGGGGUGAUAUGGUCGAGGUCACCGUGAUCAACCAACUGCAAGACAACAGCACGUCGAUUCACUGGCAUGGUAUCCGUCAGCUCAACACCAACGAUCAAGACGGUGUUCCUGGUGUUACCGAAUGUGGUAUUGCUGGAAACGGUGGCAGCCGCACAUACACAUGGCUUGCAAGCUCCUACGGCACUUCUUGGUACCACAGCCAUACCUUCGCUCAAUACGGCGACGGUAUCCGUGGUCCCAUCGUCAUCCACGGCCCUGCAACAUCCGACUACGACUACGACAUGGGUACAGUUAUGAUUGAUGACACUUUCCCCAUCACCGCAGCUGCCAUGGCAUCUCGUAUUGCGCACGUCGGACCGGGUGGCUCCUUCAACACCCUCUUCAACGGCAUGAACAAGAAUCCUGAUGGGACUGCUCCUGGUGGAACUCCUUUCUCGUGGGGUGUCAAGCCUUGCAAGAAGCACUUGUUCCGUAUUAUCAACAGCUCCGCCCAAAACAGCUACAUCGUUGGUUUCGACAAUCACACAAUGACUGUCAUUGCUGCUGAUUUUGUACCCAUCGUGCCCUACACUACCACAACCCUCAACAUUGCGACUGGCCAGCGAUUCGAUGUGAUUGUCCAGAUGGACCAAGCACCCAGCAGCUACUAUGUUCGUGCAGUCAUUCAAACCGGAUGCCCCUCAGGUGGUGCCAACUCUGGCCUGGGAACUGCUAAUGCAAUCAUCAACUACGAAAAUGCUACUCCAGUCACCCCAGUCAUCUCGACCUCCAUCACCAAUGUCACUGCCAACAUCUGCCAAGAUGAGCCUCUUGCUUCCCUGGUACCUUACCUUGAGAAGCCUGCUGGCACUGUAACCGCAUUCCAGGGCUCCGCAUCCACCAUCCCUGCUGGCUCCGUGACCUCAGUUGCAACCAAUGAUGACGGAACUGUCUUCCAAUGGUACAUCAACAAUGCGGUCAUCAACGUUAACUACAGCCAACCUACUCUCCAGACUUUGGCUCAGGGUUCAAACAACAGCCUGAUCAGCAAUCCUGUUGUUCUCAGCCAGGCUAACCAAUGGGUCUACUUUGUCAUCCAGAACCAGUUCUUUGCGUCUCAUCCCAUGCACGUCCACGGUCACGAUGUCUCCAUUCUCGGCACUGGUACUGGCACUUUCACCUCCGACCUCGUGAGCUCUCUCAACUUUGACAACCCAAUGCGUCGUGACACAGUCAUGCUGCAGGGCUCUCCGGGUCCUGGUUUCCCUGCUGGUUACACCGUCAUUGGUUUUGAGACCGACAACCCCGGCGCGUGGCUCAUGCACUGCCACAUUUCCUGGCACGUUGAUGGCGGUCUUGCUCUUCAAUUCCUUGAACGACCUGAUGACAUUCCAGCCAAACAAUAUGUUGACCAGGCAUUCGAAGAUGAGUGCUCUGCCCUGGCUGCCUACCAGGAUUCCAACCCUCAAGGCGCCAAGUUGACUGGCCAAUCCGGUCUGAAGGCCCGUGGAUACUCGGAUGAGUUGGACAUUGAGAUCUUCCGCCCCGAUGCGAAGAUUGACAUCAACAAGUACCGCAAGCGAUAUUCCCACCGUCGCCUUCAUUAAGUGGCUAAGAUCCAGGUCGAACGGCAUUUGCACGCAGCAGCAGCGGUGAAGUAAAUAAUGGGAGGAUUCUGGUAAUGCACACUCAUGUACCCUAGCAUAGUUUUUGCCUAUCUUUCGUCAUGUCCAAUUCUGUUCAUUGUAGGAACUGGAGCCCUCUUUCAAAUAUGGUGAUGAGUGCAGCUCCAUCGCCGUCCUUUUCAAGCAUGAUGUCGGGAGUUCUCUGAAUACGAUGCACAAUCUAUCCCCCAAUUCCGCGUGCUGCAGAUUCUUCCGCCAGGGCACAUGAUCUUCCCGCUGGAUCGCAUUUGUAUACAUGUUGCCUCCGUUUCCCCAACUUUUAUGCUGUC